AUGAUGGGUAUGGCGGGAGAUAAGAGGACUGGGGCUGGGGCUGGUGUUGCACGGCAGGAGGGGGGUUCUGGGGAGAAAGGGAAAGGGGUGGGGAAGGGGGGUAGUGAGGUGGAUGGAAUGGGGAUUGAGAAAGUGAGGGUGAAGGAUAAGAGGUUGAGGGGGCUGUUUGUAUUCGCACAAAAACUCGAAAACGAUCUCAAUUCCUUGGACACGAGCCUCGGUCGGGAUGUAUUCAACUUCACAUUUACAACCAUUGAUGGAAAUGGCACAUUUAAAGAAUUGGAGAAUAAUAUUACUACAUUUCCGACGAAGUUAAGUGCGAGUGCGAAGGACAAAGCACAGGAAUUGGAUGAGAAGGCAACGUGCAUUUGGAAUGUUGCGACGAGAUUGAAGAGGAGUCUCCCUGCGGAGAGUGAUGACGAUGAGGAUGGAGGAUCGAAGACUUGGGAUAAAAGGAAUGAGCUCAGAGCUGUGCUGAUUAUGGUUAGAAUGUUCGCUUUCCUGGUGUUGGAUUGUGCGAAUGAGUGUGGGAAUUCUGUCGCUCAUAUACAAGCGGAUACUGGUGGAGAUGAAGAGAAAGAGAAAGGGGAGAAGUCCAGGGGAAACUUGUUGAGAUUGAUGAGAGUGGGAAUCAAGACCGGGAAAGACUGCUUGGAUGGACAGAAGAUCGAUUAUGCCGUCAAAGUCUUGGAGAAGCUUGCAGGAUACACGGGAUACAGUGAAGAACUUUUACGUACAUACGAAUCAUCUGGUACAUCAGAAGAAAGGGCUGCCUGCGCAAGAUUUACUGCUGAGUCUUUUGUUCUUAGAACUUUAUUGGCAUGGCGACAGGAUGAUAUGCAACUCGCUGAACAUAUGUUCAAUAAAUCUAUGUCCUCCAAGGAGCUCUUUGAUCAUGCUACCACCGAAAGUCUCUCGGACACUUUAUAUGAGAUGGGAAAGGCACUACUUGAGAAGCAACAGCAUGCUUUGUCUGUCAAAUGGCUGGAGCGUGCUUAUAAAGUUCUGAGUGGUGACGAGUUGGACAAAUUGAGCGCCGAUGCUACAGAACUACGAGUAUCCAUUGUCCAAACACUCAUCAAGGCACUCUUAGAGACUAAAACACCAGAAUCGAUACAACGGGCACGGGAGUUGAUUGACCUUCUCGAGUGCGAACUUGGCGAUAAAUUGGUAGUUCUACUUUUGAAACUGGAACUUCUGACGGGGAUUCCAAAAGAAACUUUUGAUGGUUUGACAUAUAGUGCUAUUCUCAAUAAGAUGAUUCGAACUCUUGUUUUUAAUCCGACGAAUUUGCGAUUGUUCAUGUUUCAUGUUAGGAAACUUCAUGAAAAGGCGCCGAGUUUGGCAUGUGGAGUUCUAGAUGAGAUGAUUAGAUUACGAGUCAAAGAGUUGGUGACUAUGACAGAAUGGUUAGAGAAAGCUCUUCUUACGAGGAUCUGGAUGUGUGUUAGUGGGAGAGAAACUGGAGAAUUGUUUGUUGCUAUUGAUGGGUUUCUUACCAUGAUUGCGGGGAACAUCGUGAAGUCGAUCGGUGUCGAGGCUACCAUGGCUGCUCAUACGUUAAUCUGGAAGAAGAUAGAAGCAAACUAUGGUCUAAAACAGUAUGAAGUAACUGAGAAAUGGUGUCGUCUUGCAAUUCAUGGACUUUUUAAGAUACCUGGAGAGGCCAAUAUGGCUAAGAUAUCUCGGAAACUGCUUCUUUGUGCCCUUAAUCGAGGAGAUAUCAAUUCUGCUCGCGAUAUCUUUACAUCUAUGUCCGACUGCGCCAAAGAAGAGCCAUUAACACGAUUUCUCAUGUACAAAAUAGCAAUCAGAAGUGAGAAGGUCGAAUUGGCAGCAGAAUGUCUUGAAAAGGUGGCUUCAUGCGCCGAAGACCCCUCCCUGCUUUUCGCUUGUGUUCUUGAUGCACAACAAGUUGGCAACAAAAAACAUGUUUUAGAUGCUCUUUGGAUGGUACUAGACAAAUGUGGAUAUUGUGCGCAAGAGAAUGUGCGUCUUCCGUCGAUUAUCAGGAUGAUUAUUGUUCUACUUAUUGGUAUGAUUGACGCCGAGAAUACAUCAAGUAGUUACGCCAGAGAGAACAUUGAGAAACUGUGUAAAAUGUUCGAAAAAGCACUCAGCGCCGUUCAAAAAUCCCUCAAUCGAGAAAUAUGGACAAUCCUCGAACUCGAAUGGCUUUCCCGAAAUUCCUACAACCUAUCCCUCAAACAUCUUUCCGUUUGGGAACCCCAACAAUCUCUUAGAAUGCUCUCCUGCUGUAUCGGUUUUAUUGAUUGCUACCCACGAGAUAUCGGUGAAGACGCACAUGAGGACGUUACACUCCGAAAAAUGUUCUGCAAUUUCUGCGCCGCAACGAUUUUCGUUUCCAUCGCAAGAGCAGAACAGAAUGUUGAACCACAAUUACAGUUCUAUCUUAACUUAAGGAAACAUGUAGCGAGUUUUGAUCAUAUAUUACAGGAAAAGCUGGAGAAGUUGGAAGUGGAAAUUACCGAAGAUUUGUUGAAGAAACUGUCUGUUCUACUGGCGUUUGAUUUUGAGGCCGCAUGUAGAUUGAAAGAUUGGGGUGGACUUGGAGAGGUUAUCACUAAAGCAGGAAUUUGCAAGUGUAUGAGGGCCUAUGAGUUGAUGGCGGAUUGUAUUUUGAGUUGUGAGGCUCCUACUCAAGUCUUAAUUAUGACUCUCAAAAAAAUCACAAACAAGACGUGGGAAAUGGAAGAAUUUGAUACCAUAAAAUUGUCAAAAUACAUGCGUUGUCUAUUUCAGGCAGCUAUGGGAUCGGAAGAUAAGAUUGCAGAGGAACUCAUUGAUCAGGUUUGUAUACUUGCUGCUGACGCUGCCGAGACGCAAAUUCCCUACCCAACUCAAGAACUCGAUUGGUUAGCAACUAAAUCCUUCAACCAUGCCAUCGAUCUCUUCAGCGCAGAUAAAGAUGAAGCAUGUAAACGAUGGGCUGAAAAAUCAAUACUGAUUGCGGGAUAUUGCGAUGAUGCGGGAAGUUUGCAGAGGCUUUUGGUGCAGAGAUUUGGGGGUUUGAAAUUCGAUUGUUAG